AUGGCGGGCCCGGGCAGCGACGGGGACCUGCGGCGCCUGCUGAAGCUGCACCGCACCGAGAUCGCCAUGGCAGUGGACGACGUCUUCCCACUGCUGCAUGGCCUGGCUGACCACGAUGUCGUCCCUGACCACAUCUUCAAGGAGACGCUGAGCCGGGCGGAGCGGGAGGGCUCCCACCGCGCUUUCCACGCGCUGCUCACCUGGCUGCUGGGCCGCGACACCGCCGCCCUCCGGGACUUCUGGGCCGUCCUCUUCAAGGAUUACAACCUGGAGCGCUACUCCCGGCUCCGGCCUCUCCGCGGCGCCUUCCCCAGAGAGGUGGAGCUGGGGCGGCAGCGCCGUGGAAGGCGUCUCUCCCCGAGCCCCACAGCACCGGCCCCACACAGACCCCAAGGCAAGAGGAAAGCCCCUGAGGAGCGGGACAAGGCCCGGGCGGCACAGUCCGCUCCACGGCACAGUGCCAGUCCUGGUAUGGAGACCCCUGCAGGGCCCCUGGUGAAGGCAAAGACUGUGAAGAAGCCGGAAGGCACAGAUACGCCCCGCACCUCUCGUGCCAGUGCUCUCCAGGCAGUGGCUGCCUCGGUGCAGAGAGCGGUGGCUGUGGCAGGUGGUGAGGUGCCCGUCAGCCGUGGGGCCAUCGAGGGCAUCCUCAUUAAACACGUGCUGGACCCAAACAGCUCCAAGAUGGGCAGCAGAGCUGGUGACAAGCCAUAUACCCCAACCGCCUGCGAGGAGCCAGAAGCCAGGAGCAGAAGCCACAGCCUGAAGCCUCCUGCCCAGCCCAAGGCAUGCCAAAGUGUACAGACACCCCCCUCAUGUUUUCACCUCAUCUUGUGCAGCUGCCAAGGCUGUGGCAGGGGGUUGUUCCUGCAUGGCAUCAUAGCCAUGGCCUGGGGGUGUCCCCCAGUGCAAGCAGUGCCUCUCAAAACCCCUUCUUGUCUCGCCAACAGAACAGGGAACCCCAAUUGCACCCCCAGGGCCAGCUGCAAGCACACUGUCUACAGCCAGGACCCUGCGCCCCACCAGGAGAAUGAGGAUGAGUGUGCAGCAUGCGGUGACGGUGGUGAGCUCAUCUGCUGUGACGGCUGCCCCAGGGCCUUUCACCUUGCCUGCCUGGUGCCCCCGCUGCCCCACGUCCCCAGCGGGACGUGGCGCUGCGGCUCCUGCGUGGAGAACGUGACUGAACCAGGCCAGCUGCUGGAGGCAGACCUGCCUGUGGAGAGACCCCCCGAGACCCUGGGGGAGGCGGCACGGGACACCCAGCAGGGUGGAGCGGAGGGGAGCGUCUGCAGCCGCUGCUGCACCCGGAUCCCCACUCCUCACCACUGUCCUGCUCCCAGUGGGGACCCCAGGGGGCUACAGCUGUGCAUGUCCUGCACGGGCACCCUGGACACAGGCGGUCUGGGCACCACUGCAGCAGCUGGAGACCAACUGCUUCCAGCAGCCAAGGCAGAGGACGGAGCCCUUGGCAGUGACCCUGUGCUGAGCCGGGAGGAGCUUGACGCGCUGCUAGGCGAGAGCACGUGGGAUGGGAUCUUGCAGUGGGCAUUCCAGACCAUGGCACGGCCGCUGGCAGAAACACAGGGGCUCCUUGCCUAGUGCACAGACCAAGCAGGAGAAUCCACAUGGCAAGCAAUGAAAAGGCAACCUCGGAGACACACGUAAAACAAGAUGAACGCAGGCACAAUGACAGCACAAAAAAGUCACAGAAUACAACACUGAUCCUCAACAGGA